UUUACUCUAGGCGCAUAGGGCUCAGUGGCACAUCCCUACCCUCAACGAGCGAGCGUAGCCUCCCUGGAGGGUAAGACUGGACGACAAGCAUGUUAGUAUAAAUUUUGCGCUAUGUGUUUACGCGGUACUCUUUUCACUCAAGGGGCUUACGAAGAAACAGAUUUUAGCUGGUUGGUUUGAAAAAUUCAAAAGAAAGCAAAUUAAGAACUAAUGGCCAUUCGUCUACUUCUCAAGAAGUCUUUCAAACCCGCAGAGCUGAUAUCUACACRUAGUGCAUUGUACUUGUUCAGCCGUACUCUUGCAUCCGAAGUACCAAGUUAUAAUUUUGAAUGCUCAUUCAAGCCGCUAUCUCCAGAGGAAAUUUCCCCCAAAAGUGACUAUGAAAUUGCUGGUCGCAAGUGGCUUCCAGGGUCUAUGGGGAAAGGGUUUCCCAAAUAUUUGAACAAGCCAAAAGAGGGAUUUCCAUAUGCCCUUGAAGUAACACCAGGCCAAAACUAUAACCUUGGUGAAUGGGCAUAUAUUGUCCGUCGAUUAAUUGAUGACAAUCUAAGCAAAUAUGGGACUAUGCUAUUAAGGGGACUACCUUUGGAGGAUAGCAAAGAAAUUUCAAACUUUUCUACAGCAUUAGGAUACAAGGCUAUGUCUUACCCAAGGGGAGGUGGAGCUGAUAGAAGUCUUCAAGAUGCUGAUGCUCAAGUGUACACUGCUAGUGAAGAACCACCAGAAUUCACUAUUGAGCUUCAUAAUGAGCUGGGAUAUCUUCCAACCUAUCCAAGAAAGUUGAUAUUCUACUGUCUGCAAGAACCAGCUGAAGGAUGUGGAGGAUUCACUGUCAUCUGUGACAGCAAAGAGUUUGUCAACCGACUGGAUCCCAAGUUGAUCAAAAAGCUUGAUGAAAAGCAAAUAAGAUAUUACCAUAGCCUACCUGAUGAAUCCAAAUCUACAUAUGUAUCCUGGCAACAGGCAUUUAAGACCAAGGAUAUCGAGGAAGUAAAGGCCUACCUGGAAAAAGGAGGUUAUGGAUAUUCUUUUGAUGAGAAAAAAGGAAUUGUAACCUUCUGGAAUACACUGCCAGCUUUCAUGCCUCAUCCAGACACUGGUGAAAAGAUAUGGUUCAAUUCAGUUCACAUAACACACCACACUGGCCUAAAAGAAUCCCCAAUGUACCCUGGAGAAGACAAGCUUGACACUGUGUACUCGUGGGACUCCACUUAUGGAGAUGGUUCUCCAAUCAAGCUUGAUGUUAUCCAGCAUAUCAGAGCAUGUAUGUGGCACAGCACCUAUGGAUUUCAGUGGAAGACAGGUGACAUGCUUGUGGUUGAUAACAUGAGUGCUCUACAUGGAAGACUCAGUUUUACUGGAAAAAGAAAGAUUCUUGCUUUCUUGAUGGCUGAGUAGAACUUGCAAUGAUCUCUUCAAUUAUACCAUUAAUACUAGUCAGAUUGAUACAUAUCAUAUAAACCAGAAUUACU